GUCAACAAGCAGAAUCAGCUUCAGCUUCUUCUUUGUGGAACUACUGAGAAUCAGCCAGCGCAACCAUGAUGGGCAAGGUCAUCUUCUAUGAGGACAGAAACUUCCAGGGUCGCUCUUAUGAGUGUAUGAGUGACUGUGGUGACUUCUCCUCCUACAUGAGCCGUUGUCACUCUUGCAGAGUGGAGAGUGGAUGCUGGAUGAUGUAUGAUCAUCCCAACUACAUGGGAAAUCAGUAUUUCUUUAGGAGGGGAGACUAUGCUGAUUACAUGUCUAUGUUUGGAAUGAACAACUGCAUCAGAUCCUGCCGUACGAUCCCUAUGUACAGGGGAUCCUACAGAAUGAGGAUCUAUGAGAGGGAGAACUUCAUGGGUCAGAUGUACGAGAUGAUGGAUGAUUGUGACAACAUCAUGGACCGUUACCGCAUGUCUCACUGCCAGUCCUGCCAUGUGAUGGAAGGACACUGGCUCUUCUAUGAGCAGCCCAACUACAGAGGCAGGAUGUGGUACUUCAGGCCUGGAGAGUACAGGAGCUUCAGCAAUAUGGGUGGCAUGAGAUUCAUGAGCAUGAGGCGUAUCAUGGACUCUUGGAAUUAG